UUCCCUGGCCUGUGUGUGUGUGAGUGUGUGUGUGUGUGUGGAGAGGCGGAAGCGGUGCUGGGUAUUGUCUGAGGGAGCCGGGGCUCUCACACACAGGCCGCACCGCGCACAGCUCGCCAGACCCCCAGGACCCCGCGCCGGCCGCUCUCUGCUUUUAAUCUGUUUGUGUGCUGUGAAUAGUGUGAGCUAGCCGGCCGGGCUGCCCAGCACACCGAGUCUCACUCCGCCCACCGCCACUAGGCCGCAUCCCCGGCCUCGAGUACUGACACAGCCCUCGGGCCCUGCACCCUCAGCCGCAGGAGGAGAGGAAGGAGCGGGCCCUGUGUGUGGAGGAGGAGGAGGGGCUGAGGGAGGAGCUGACUGCACAAUAGCUGCAAGGAAGAACCCUGUCUGCUGGCCAUAGAGCCCUAUAAACAGCAUUUUAUUAUUAAUAAUACGCAUUUUUACUGCAAUUCCCUGGGAGGAGGGGGAGGAAGAUGUCCAAGGCAGGAGGAGCAGCAGCAGCCGCAGCAGCAGCAGCAGCUGGAGGAGCAGGAAGCGGGGGGCUCACCUGGGUGACCCUGUUUGAUCAGAACAAUGCAUCAAAAAAAGAAGCUGAAAGCAAUAAUAAGACUGACUCCCCCAAAAAGAUGUCUGUUGAAAGAGUUUACCAGAAAAAGACUCAGCUGGAACAUAUUCUUCUUCGACCUGACACCUACAUUGGAUCUGUGGAGCCUGUAACACAGACAAUGUGGGUAUUCGAUGAAGAUAUUGGAAUGAAUUGUCGAGAUGUUACCUAUGUGCCAGGAUUAUACAAGAUAUUUGAUGAAAUUCUUGUAAAUGCCGCUGACAACAAACAGAGGGAUAAAAACAUGAGCUGUAUAAAAAUUUCUAUUGAUGUUGACUCAAAUAUCAUCAGCAUAUGGAAUAAUGGGAAAGGUAUUCCAGUGGUAGAGCACAAAGUGGAGAAGGUUUAUGUCCCUGCACUAAUUUUUGGACAGCUGUUAACAUCAAGCAACUAUGAUGAUGAAGAGAAGAAAGUUACAGGUGGAAGAAAUGGAUACGGUGCUAAACUUUGCAAUAUAUUCAGUACAAAAUUUACAGUUGAAACCGCAUGCAAGGAAUACAAACACAGCUUUAAACAGACGUGGACAAAUAAUAUGCUAAAAACCACUGAACCCAAGAUCAAACACUUCGAUGGGGAUGACUACACAUGCAUCACAUUCCAGCCAGACCUAUCCAAGUUUAAAAUGGAAAAACUGGACAAGGACACUGUGGCACACUUGACAAGGCGAGCAUACGACAUUGCAGGGUCGUGCAAAGGCGUUAAAGUCCUGUUAAAUGGGAAGAAACUUCCUGUGAAUGGAUUCCGCAGUUACGUAGACCUUUACGUAAAAGAUAAGCUGGAUGAAACUGGUGUUGCACUGAAAGUAAUUCACGAGGUUGUGAAUGACCGGUGGGAUGUCUGCUUAACAUUAAGUGAAAAGGGGUUCCAACAGAUCAGUUUUGUAAAUAGCAUUGCUACCACAAAGGGUGGUAGACAUGUCGAUUAUGUAGUAGACCAAAUUGUCACUAAACUCAUUGAAGUUGUAAAAAAGAAAAACAAAGCUGGAGUUUCUGUGAAGCCUUUCCAGGUGAAAAACCAUGUGUGGGUUUUUGUAAAUUGCUUGAUUGAAAACCCCACGUUUGAUUCCCAGACAAAAGAAAAUAUGACUCUUCAGAUGAAGAGUUUUGGGUCCAAAUGCCCUUUGUCGGAAAAAUUUGCUAAAGCGGCAUCAAACUGUGGCAUAGUGGAGAGUAUUCUAAACUGGGUUAAAUUCAAGGCUCAGACUCAACUUAAUAAGAAAUGUUCAUCCGUGAAAUAUAGUAAAAUUAAAGGCAUUCCCAAACUGGAUGAUGCAAACGAUGCUGGUGGCAAACAUUCCCUGGACUGCACAUUGAUUUUGACAGAGGGAGACUCUGCCAAGACUUUGGCUGUAUCUGGUUUAAGUGUAAUCGGAAGAGACCGUUAUGGUGUCUUUCCUCUCAGGGGGAAAAUUCUCAACGUCAGAGAAGCUUCUCAUAAACAGAUUAUGGAAAAUGCUGAGAUCAACAAUAUUAUUAAAAUUGUUGGAUUGCAAUACAAAAAAAGCUAUGAUGACCAGGAAUCCCUUAAAACAUUGCGCUAUGGAAAAAUUAUGAUCAUGACCGAUCAGGAUCAAGAUGGAUCUCAUAUAAAAGGUUUAUUAAUUAACUUUUUUCAUCACAACUGGCCAUCCCUUUUGAAACACAGCUUCCUUGAGGAAUUCAUUACCCCUAUUGUCAAGGCAACAAAAAAUAAGCAAGAGAUGUCAUUCUACAGUAUUCCAGAGUUUGAUGAAUGGAAAAAACAAGUGGAAACCCAAAAAGUUUGGAAGAUAAAGUACUACAAAGGUUUGGGUACGAGCACUGCCAAGGAAGCAAAAGAAUACUUUGCCGAUAUGGACAGACAUAGAGUUAUAUUUAGAUAUUCUGGCCCUGAGGAUGAUGCAGCCAUUACUUUGGCUUUUAGCAAAAAGAAAAUUGAUGACCGAAAAGAAUGGCUCACAAACUUUAUGGAGGACAGACGACAACGGAGGUUGCAUGGAUUGCCUGAGCAAUUCUUGUACGGCACUGCUACCAAGCACUUGACGUACAACGACUUCAUUAAUAAAGAGCUGAUUCUGUUUUCUAACUCUGACAAUGAGCGAUCCAUUCCGUCUCUGGUUGAUGGUCUAAAGCCAGGGCAGAGGAAGGUUUUAUUUACUUGCUUUAAGAGAAACGAUAAACGGGAAGUUAAGGUUGCUCAGCUGGCUGGGUCAGUUGCUGAAAUGUCUGCUUAUCACCAUGGAGAGCAAGCCCUGAUGAUGACGAUUGUGAACUUGGCCCAGAGCUUUGUGGGAAGUAAUAAUGCUAACUUGCUUCAGCCCAUCGGUCAGUUUGGUACUCGAUUGCAUGGUGGCAAGGAUGCUGCCAGUCCACGUUAUAUUUUCACAAUGUUAAGCACCCUUUCAAGACUACUUUUUCCUGGUGUGGAUGACAACCUGCUGAAAUUCCUUUAUGAUGACAACCAGCGUGUAGAGCCAGAGUGGUACAUUCCUAUUAUCCCCAUGGUUUUGAUUAAUGGUGCCGAAGGAAUUGGUACUGGCUGGGCCUGUAAACUUCCCAAUUAUGACACCAGAGAGAUUGUGAACAAUGUGAAGAGGAUGCUGGAUGGCCUGGAGCCAUAUCCAAUGCUUCCAAAUUACAAAAACUUCAAAGGUACAAUUCAAGAACUGGGCCAGAACCAAUAUGCUGUGAGUGGUGAAAUUUUUGUGAUCGACCGAAAUACUAUUGAGAUCACAGAGCUUCCUGUUAGAACGUGGACUCAGGUUUAUAAAGAGCAGGUGCUGGAGCCAAUGCUCAAUGGGUCUGAGAAAACACCAGCACUAAUCUCUGAUUACAAAGAAUACCACACUGACACAACUGUGAAAUUUGUUGUCCGAAUGACUGAAGAAAAGCUUGCGCAGGCGGAGGCUGCUGGGUUACACAAAGUAUUUAAACUUCAGACUAGUCUUACCUGCAAUUCUAUGGUAUUGUUUGACCAUAUGGGUUGUUUAAAGAAGUAUGAAACUGUCCAAGACAUCCUGAAGGAGUUCUUUGAUUUGAGGUUACAUUAUUACAGUCUCAGAAAGGACUGGUUAAUAGGAAUGUUGGGUGCCGAGGCUGCCAAACUCAGCAACCAGGCCAGGUUCAUCCUUGAAAAAAUACAAGGAAAAAUUGCGAUAGAGAAUAAAUCCAAGAGAGACUUGAUCCAAAUGUUGGUGCAGAAAGGAUUUGAGUCUGAUCCAGUGAAAGCAUGGAAAGAAGCACAAGAAAGGGCAGCUGAAGAAGAUGAUCUCCAGGAUCAAACUGAAGAUAGCUCCUCUGAUGCAGGCACAGGUUCAGGACCUGAUUUUAACUACAUUCUCAAUAUGUCUCUAUGGAGCCUCUCCAAGGAGAAAGUAGAGGAACUGAUUAGACAGAGGGACAUAAAGUGUAAAGAACUCAAUGAACUGAAGAAAAAGUCUCCACCAGACCUCUGGAAGGAAGACUUGGCAGCUUUUAUUGAAGAACUUGAUAAAGUGGAAGCGCAGGAGAGGGAAGAUGUCCUCGCUGGGUUUGCAGGCAAAGCAAUAAAAGGCAAAGUUGGUAAACCCAAAAUUAAGAAAUUGCAGCUUGAGGAGACUUUGCCCUCUCCCUAUGGUAGAAGGAUAGAGCCCCAGAUCAGUGCAAUGAAGGCAGAUGCCAACAAGAAGAUGCAGAAGAAAAAGAAGGGUGAAAUUGAUUCAAUAGCACUAAAGUUGGAAUUUGAGGAUGAACUUAGUUCCAUACCACCAGAGGGAGGUGAAGACUCUCAAAAUAUUACUCCAGUAAAACCUGUAAAACCUAAAAGGGAACGUAAAGAACCAGGUUCUCGGCCCAAGAAGACCUCGUUGACUCCAAAACCAAUCUCCACCAAGAAAAUUAAGAAGCGAAACCCUUGGUCAGAAGAUGAGUUAAAGUCAGAUAGUGACAUGGAGGAAGUUGAAGCAGAACCUGUAGUCAUUCCUCGGGACAACCUUCUACGACGAGCAGCCGCCGAGAGGCCCAAGUACACAUUUGAUUUCUCAGAAGAAGAAGAUGCAGAUGAUGAUGACGAUGAUGGUAUUAUCAGUCGCAAUAAUGUUUUUAAUGAUGUGAAACCCCAGUCAUCGCCUGUCACAAAUAACCGUGAUGAUGAUGAUGAUGCCGAAGAAGAGAUUGUUUCAGAUAGUCCAGAAAAAGAUGAAUUUGAAUUCUCUUCAUUCAAAUCAACGUCGUCAUUAGAAAAGGCAACAGACUCUCAGAAGAAAAAAGAGUCUGACAUCUUUUCUUCCACAUCGUUUUCUGAAAAAUUAGAAGACACCAUAAAGUACAUUAGUGACGAGGAGGAGGAGGAUGUUGAUGAACCUUCUCCCCUGUACUCUUCUUCAUUCACAUUCAAAUCUUCAGAGACGCCUGUUAGCAAAGGAUCUACAAAGAAAAAUGGUUUCUCCAUAAUUGCAGCAAAAACAACUUCAGAUGGCACCCCAAAACCGAAACGACCUUCAAAGCCAAAGAAGUCUGAGAUUUUGGUGAAUUCUGAUUCUGAUUUAGAGUUUAGCUCUCCAAAGAAAUCUGCAACACCCAAAGCUAAAGGAAGAGGAAGGAAAAGAAAAACAUCCGAUUCAGAAAAUGAAGGGGAUUAUACUCCUGGGAAAAAACCUACAAAGCCUGCAUCAUCCAGCAAAAAAACUAAGAAGCAAGUGUUUGACCACGACUCAGACGGAGACAUUUUUCCAUCAGAAGUUGGAUCUGAAAGUGCAUCACGACAAAGGCCAGGCCGAGCAAGGAAAGAAGUGAAAUAUUUUGCAGAAUCAGAUGAUGAAGAUUUUGUUAUGUAUUAAUUAUGUGCUGGAACACAGGCACUGAAACAUUUUCCAACGAAGUAUCUUGUGUAGUCCUAUUGUCCCUCCUGUUGCAGACUUUUGUACAUUGUCUUAUUUUAUGUGAUGACGUAUUUGAUGGUUUUUAUUAUUGUGUAGACAUUUUAACAUUUUGUUGUUACACAUACAGUUUUCUGCUCUUUUUUACUCAUUGAAAUGUCAUGUAUUCGUCCGGACUUGGCUUGUAGAAUUGUUUUAGACGGCUGUGCCAAGGCACACAUUUUAAUUGUCCUGUUUGAAAAUGAGGAAAAAAAAAUCCAAACACACAAUUCUGCUUUUAUGAAAUAAGAAUGAAAUAUUAAAAAAAAGGAAAUAGUA